UGUACGUCAUCCAGUUGGUCAUGAUCCGGAAGUAUCAGGAAUCCCGUUUUUCUCGCGCGUUUCACUCCGUGUGUUCCCACGCUGGGCCUCGUUCUGGUUGGAAAAAGUAGGAUAAGGUUUCUGAAACGAUCUUAAACUUCACUCAUGGCUGGCGAGAAAGAAAUAUGGCAGAGGAUUGGCGAGGGAUUUAUACAAGAAUAUUACAACCAGUUUGACAAUACAAAUAGGAUGCAACUUGGUCUUCUUUAUUCUGAUGAGGCUUGUUUGACAUGGGAAGGAGAAGGUUUUCGUGGGAGAGAUGCCAUUUCUAACAAACUAGUUAGCCUGCCCUUUAAGUCUAUAACACACAUCCUCACAGGACAAGACAUCCAACCCACAAUAGAUAGUUGUAUCCUCAUCAUGGUAUUUGGACAGUUAAAGGCAGAUGAUGACCUUCCCAUGGCCUUCCACCAAGUGUUCAUGCUAAAGGCUGCACAAAACGGUUCCUGGGCUUGUACAAAUGAUGUCUUCCGGUUGGGGAUACAUAACAUACCUGUUUAGACAUCUGCAUUUGGUGGUCCACAGAUUUUGACUUCCACUUCUGCAUUUUUACAGGGGUUGUACCAUCACGGAUAAAACCCCAAGCAGUUAUUGACCAAGUUUAUGUCAGAUGUCCAAUUCCAUUCCAAUAAAGUAAUCGAUUAGUCACCAUC